AUGUCAAAGACGGCGCAGACCCCUGCCAAGAAGGUGGCACCCCCACCUCCGGGAUGCACCAUAGACAUCAACGACCCUGCGGUGCAGGAUGCAGCCAUCAAGAUCCAGGCUUCAUUCCGUGGGCACAGAUCGCGCAGGGAACUGCGGGAGAAGGGCCCACCCCGCAUCCUGAAAGACCUGAAGGAUGUUGUCCUGAUCGAGGGCAGCGCAGCCAGGCUCGACUGCAGGGUCAGCGCCUUCCCGGACCCCAUGAUCCGCUGGUUCAAGGAUGGCCGGGAACUCAAGGACGGGCCCAAGUACCGCUACAUUUUUGAGGACCCAGACGUGGUGGCGUUGGUGGUCAGGGACGGGACUCUAUCAGACCUGGGCAAAUACACCAUCUCCAUCACCAACACCUUUGGAGAGGCGUACGACUCCGCAAAGAUCAUCAUUGAAGUUCCAGGGAAGAUUGAGAAGGGGCCAGAUAACGUUAAAGCAAAGGUCGGGCAGACAGUGAAGCUGGUGGCGCAUAUCAGCGGGGAGCCGGAGCCUGAUGUUGGAUGGGCAAAGGACGGGGAGGAUAUCGAGGAGGAUGAGAG